GAUGCGCUCAGGAGCUUGUACGGUCCAGCAGACCCUCACGGCGGAGGCUGCUUCAGUUUUGAAGCAUUCUCUAAGUUUAGCACGGAGGAGAGGCCAUGCUCAGGUCACUCCUCUUCAUGUUGCAGCCACUUUGUUAAGCUCAAGAACCAGUCUUUUGAGAAGGGCUUGUCUCAAAUCUCAACCUCAUCAUCAUCAAACUUCACAUCCUCUUCAGUGUAGAGCCCUUGAACUUUGUUUCAAUGUGGCUUUAAACCGACUUCCGACAACGCCUGCUCCUCUCUUGCACGCCCAGCCCUCUCUUUCCAAUGCUUUAAUCGCUGCACUCAAACGAGCUCAAGCUCAUCAGAGAAGAGGAUGCAUUGAACAACAACAACAACAACCUCUCUUGAGUAUUAAGGUAGAGUUGGAACAGCUAAUUAUUUCUAUUUUAGAUGACCCAAGUGUUAGUAGGGUUAUGAGAGAAGCUGGUUUCUCUAGCACUGCUAUCAAAAAUCACGUAGAAGACUCUUCAGCUUCUUCUGUGUUUCAGUGUUACAGUGCUUCUGGUGUUGCUGGGGUUUUUUCAUCACCUUGUUCUCCUUCUGCUACUGAUAAUCAUCAAACUCAAAGAGAAAUAAUCAAUCCUAACACUCUCUGGCAAAACCAUUUCUUGACUUCUUACUCUUCUUCUGAACAAAACCCACUCCUCUUUUCUCCUCAAAAGAAACUUUUAACCAACUUCACCACAGAUUCAUCAGCUUCUUCUGUGAACUGCAAGGAAGAUAUCAAGUUGGUGUUUGAGGUGUUGGUGAGGAAGAACAAGAGGAGGAACACAGUGAUAGUUGGAGAUAGUGCGUCCAUAACUGAAGGACUUGUUGUAGAACUGAUGGGGAGAGUGGAGAGAGGUGAUGUUCCUGAGGAGUUGAAGAAAACUCAAGUCAUAAAGUUUCAGUUUGCACCAGUGAGUUUGAGGUUCAUGAAAAAGGAAGAUAUUGAAACAAAUGUCACUGAACUCAAAAGGAAAGUCGAUUCUCUUACAUCAGGAGGAGGUGGUGCUAUUAUAUACACAGGAGAUUUAAAAUGGACAGUCGAUCAUAAUCAAGAAAGUUUUAACAGCGAAAUCUCAAGUUACAGUCCCAUUAAUCAUCUGGUUUCAGAAAUAGGAAGGAUAGUAUCAAAUUCUAUCACUUCGAAUACAAAGGUGUGGUUGGUGGCAACAGCAAGUUACCAAACAUACAUGAAGUGCCAAAUGAAGCAACCUUCACUGGAGAUUCAAUGGGCACUUCAAGCAGUUUCUGUACCUUCUGGUGGACUUUGUCUAAGCCUCCAUGCUUCCUGUGUCCAGGAUUCAAGGUCACAAGUAUGGGAAACAAAGCCUUCUACUAACAAAGAAGAAGACAAGCUGAGCUGCUGUGCAGAAUGUACUUACAACUAUGAAAAUGAAGCUCAAUUAUUCAAAUCAGGCCAGAAAAAGCUCUUGCCUCCUUGGCUACAAUCACAUAGUGGAAAUGCCAAUCAAAAGGAUGAAAUUGGGGAGUUGAGAAAGAAGUGGAACAGACUAUGCCAGAGCGUACACCAAGGAAGCCAUUUUCCUGAAGCAACAUUUUCCCGGAGUCAUAGUUUUGGAAAGAGCUAUUCCUAUGCAUCAACAUAUCCUUGGUGGUCUAGUCAGACCGCCAUUUUCCCGGAAUCAAAUUCAAUCUCAUUUGCUGAAUCUGCUGCUACUUUAAAGGCUAAUAACACUUUUCAUUCUGUACCUAGAUUCAGGCGACAACAGUCUUGUACUAUCGAAUUCAAUUUUGGAAAUGAUACCCACGAGAUCAAAGGAGGUGAACCAAGUUUGGAUUCUCUGAAGAGCAGUGGAGAUAAAGAAGUGAAGAUCACUCUUGCUCUUGGGAAUUCUUUGUUCUCAGAGAAAGAUAGAACUUCCACAGAAACGAAACGAGGUGAUCUAUGCAAGGUGUUGCAAGAAAUGGUCCCGUGGCAAAGUGGGAUUCCUUCAAUAGUUGAAGCUUUGGCUGAUUACAAAUUAGCCAAGAAUGGGACCUGGUUACUCAUUCAAGGGGACGACAUAAUUGGUAAAAGAAGAUUGGCGCGCGGUAUAGCAGAAUCACUCUUCGGAUCAGCUGAUUUGCUAUUGAACAUGAGUAUGAGGAAGAGAAAUGAUACUGCUCCAGCCUCGGAAAUUCUUUCCAGAGCCUUGAAAAUGCAUGAAAAGCUAGUUGUUUUUGUGGAGGAUGCUGAUUUGGUUGACACUAAGUUCAUAAAACUCCUUGCGGAAGGAUCUGAAAGUGGUAUAUUUGGGGAAUCAAGAAAUGCAAACAUUGGGGAAAUAGUCUUUAUUUUAUCUGAAGACGGAGAUAAGAUGAAGAAUGAAGAGUGUGUCAUAAACAUGACAUUGGAGGUGCGUGAAAGAAGUAGUAGUUGUGAUCAAAAGAGGAAAGCUGAGUGGGAUUUUUCAAACAAGACCAAGAGUCCAAGAAUUGAAGAAAAGGAUGCUGAGAGUGGCACAAAAAAAGAUUUCUCAAGGCAGUCAAGUUUCAACACACUUGAUCUCAACAUGAAAGCCGAUGGAGAAGAUAAUGAGACUGAAGAAAAACUUGGAGAUUUAAGCCCUAUUUCAAGUGAUUUGACACGUGAAACAACAGCUAAUCCUCCAAAUUCAAAUGGCUUCCUUGAUUCCAUCCGAAAUCGCUUCGUUUUCAACCGAAACUUGACAAAAGAUGAAGAUAUCAGGGAGUGUUUCUUGUCAAAGUUAAAGGAGUGUUUUGAGGAGGUUUUCAGGGGCCAAAACAGGGUAAAUUUUAGUGUUGAAGAAAGAGUUAUAGAUGAGGUGUUAAAUGGUAGGGGUUUAUUUGUAAAAAGUUUGUUUGAUAAGUGGGUAAAGGAAAUUUUCCAAACAAGCUUGAAAACAGUUAAAAUUGGCGGGAAGGAAGGUAUAGAAAUUAAGUUAUGUUUUGGGGGUAAAAAUGAAAAGGUCUCGGAAGAUGGAUUCAAGGAUUCAUGUCUUCCAAAGAAAAUCAAGUUUUCUGUUUAAUUUAGAGUAAUUGGGUCGUCCUUUGUAAAAUCCAUCGUUUAGAUGUGUAACGGCCUUACUUUCACAAUAGGAUGUGCUUUGUUUUCUCCUUUUCAUCU